AUGCGUCGGAAAGCACCGAGCACCAAAAAGCAAGCGCGGCUUGCUUUUGCUCCCGCCAUACCGGCGUUGGAUGGCAGCGGGAACGAUGGCGAUCGCUACAGAACCCUCUCUUACCAACACCCCAGUUUGGCCACCGUACGCGCACGAAGUCCGCGCAACGGCAAGACUUCAAAGGAAAAUUCUCCACAAGUGAAGUUACCAAUCAGACCGAAAAAGGGCAACCAGAAAUCAACACAACUCUCAUUUCAAACUCUCGACGGCACAUUCGACGUCUCCGACACCUCUGACCUCUCCUCACCCAUCUCGGUCUCUGAACCCUCCCCCGAAGAUGAAAUAGUUGUGCCCAGUGCCCAGAAGAAACGAGCUCGCGUGCAAUCACCUGAUAUCCCAGAUGAAGAGACCGAAGAGAACCCUCGACCCCGUCGCAAAUUGAAGCGCAAGUCAGAGAGUUCCCCAGUCCUUCCGAUUGAUUCGGACGAUGAGCCUGUGCUGUCGUCGCCUAUUAAACGACGCAGAAAAAUAGAGCAUGCGGACUCACCUAAGAAGCCUCGUGUCAGCGCUGAACAAGAUGAAUUGGACAUCGAGGAGGAUGUUAGAGAUCUUCAGGACUCAGUUAUCAAGACAACAAGAACUCGAGGCCGCCUUGCCGAAUCUGCACGAGACAAAAAGCUCAAGACAUUGGAGGCUAUUCGCCGCAAGCGCGCCGGAAAGAAAGUAAAGAGCGAAGACGAUGAAAAUGGUUCUGAUGAAGAUGAGGAAGGAAGCCCGACUAAGCAUGGUCGUAACAGAGACGAUGAAGAAGAAGACGAGGAUGACGAGGAUGAUGAGGAUGAUGAGGAGGAAGAGGACCAAUCCAUCCCCCGUGAUGAGGAUCUGGACCGCUACGAAGAUGACUUUAUUUCUGAUGACGACGACACGCCAUUGGGAGUUCCUGCCGAUAUCCCCCUCAAAUUCACCCGACACGCAUACAAGAAACCCAAAGACUACUUCCAAGACGUAGUCGCCUGGAUGGUCCACAAUCGCCUUGAUCCCGCAUUCCCACGCUCGGACGACAUGUAUGAAAUGGCAUUCAUGAAAUUGGAAGAUGAAGUGAAGGCCCGCGUAGGCUCUCAAUUCAGUUCAUCGGUCUGGAACCCUGGCUUCCGCUUUGCACUCCUUGCUCGACCUCAAAUUGAGAUCACAGCCUACUCGACUGAUGAGGAUCAUUCAUGCGAUGCUUGUAAUCGAUCGGGUCACCCUGCCUCAUCCGACAUGAAGUUGUAUGGCAAGCCAUACUCACUAGAAACCCUUGAGCCGCUUAACGAUAGCGAAGAGGAUCAAUCCCGUCUAAGUAGCGAUUUAGACUCCAAUGGAAGCAAUGAAACUGAGACUGAGUGUGAUUAUGAUCGGGAUGGACAUAGACUCCCAGAUGAGAAUCAACGCUUCCUCCUAGGCCGAAACUGCAGCCAUAAAGCUCAGAUAGCACACACACUGACUCACUGGCGAUUCCAUCUGAAUGAAUGGGUUGUUGAUCAUCUUGAGCGAAUGGGUCACAUGAAGGAUGAAGAAGUCUUGCGUCGCAAUAAUUUGAGUCAGAAGCGGAAGACUCGAAAUGCGCUCAAGGUCCUUGAUGGUAUGAUUGAAGCUGGUGAGGUUGAAAAGCUCUACCGAGACUUUCAUACAAAUUUGAAGACUGCUCGAGGAGAAAAGCCAAGCUAUCAUGACCGUCAUGACCGUUAA